GUUUUGUUUGCAUCUGUCUGAAGGACUCAGUUCCUGAAUUUACAACUUCUUCUUUCUGGACCCUCUCUUCUGGACAAAUGGGACAAAUAUAGUGAAAGAAAGGGGAUCUUCGACUAGUUUGUUCAAGAACUACACGCAUUCUCUGUCUCUUAUUAGGUUACAGAUAUUGUGCAGACCUUUGAGAAAAAAAACAGAAAACAAAACUAUGGAUCAGGUGAUGACAACCACAGAGGACUAUUGGUCUUUUUCUGACUAUGAGAACUAUACGGACGUGAUCCCAGUCAACAGUGCUGCCCCCUGCAGUCAGGCUGAUGCGUAUGGUUUUGCCCAGAGGUACUCCCCCGUGAUGUACAGCUUGGUGUUUGUGCUGGCACUGCUGGGGAACAUCCUGGUACUCUGUGUCAUCCGCCGCUACAGAAGCUCUCAGAGUGGUGGAGCCUGUGCCUUCUCCCUCACAGACACUUUCCUGCUUCAUCUGGCCAUUUCUGACCUCCUGCUGGCCUUCACCUUACCACUAUUUGCUGUGCAGUGGGCUCAUGAGUGGGUGUUUGGACUGGCUGUUUGUAAGAUCUCUGGGGCCUUGUUCUCUCUCAAUCGUUACAGUGGUAUCCUGUUCCUUGCCUGUAUUAGUUUCGACAGGUACCUGGCUAUUGUUCAUGCCAUUAGUUCUGGCUGGAAGCGCAACACAUGCCAUGCCCAAAUCGCCUGUGGUUUUAUUUGGGCUCUUUGCCUCGGCCUUAGUGCAGUGGAUAUCAUUUAUAAACAGGUUGUGCCAGUGAAAACUGGAAUGUCUAAGACUCUUCUCCUUUGUCAAGCAUGGUUCCCAGAGAAGUCAACGCAAUGGCAAAUUGGGCUGCAGCUGGUCAGUGUGAUCCUGGGCUUUGGACUCCCUCUGAUGAUAAUGCUGUACUGCUACAUCCGGAUCUUCAGAUCUCUGUGCAAUGCCACCCGCAGACAGAAGCGCAAGUCUCUGCGUCUCAUUGUGUCCCUGGUGUCUGUGUUUGUCGUGUGCUGGGCUCCGUACAGCUGCUUCCAGCUGACUGACAGCCUCCUGAAGCUGGAGCUGCUCACUUCCACCUGUAGCCUGGGCCGUGUGCUCGACAUUGGGACUCUGAUCACAGAGAGUGUAGGGCUGUCCCACUGUGCACUAAACCCACUGCUGUAUGGCUUUGUAGGUGUGAAGUUCAGAAGGGAGCUGGCCCGCAUGUGCAAAGGUUUACUGAUAGAACAGGGCUGGUUGGGGAUGGAGGCAUGGAGACCCAGAAAAACACGAAGAACCACAGUGUCAUGCAGCUCUGCAGAUAGUGAGAAUACUUCUUAUUCUGUUAUGGUUUAAAGAUGAUAAGAUGAGGAAAUGACAGUGGGAAGUCAUCACAUUCAAGAGUGUGAAAACUGUAAAGAAUCUGUAUCUUUUCUGAAUUACAUUUAUGUGCAGCUUACAGUUCUGUACUGUGAUUUGUGAUUUGUUGAAUGCAAAGUGGUAAAGAAUGAAAGCUUGAUUACCAGUACAUACAAGUGACUUUUGAAUCAUCAAAAAGGUCUGUAUAGCAAAUGUUGUGAAACUUCUUCAUUUCAUUUCACAAAAGCUUGUUCAGCAGCUUAUACACACAUUGCGACAUUGUAUUUGCCUCAAAAGCAUUCAUACGCAAAUAUUCUCACAACCUCACUUCCAAUAAGUGAAAUAUGUGUUUUUCUUGUUGUUUUUUAAUAGUAGUACUGUAAAUAUAAACAGUCAGUCUAUUGUUUUUGUAUU